AUGGACCUUAUUGACAACUUGCGGGCUAGAAACAGGGGAAGUGGAACAGCCAAGAAGGUGAAAGAACGUGGGUGCGACAGCCUACCUUUAGUAACGGGGACGGGCUUUUUGUUUGGAAACUCUGUGCUGCGACGCGUCAAGAGUAGGCUUGGUGACGAUGAGAACCAUGAAGCAGACUCAACUAAAUCCCCGAUUGACAACGGCUGCUGCGAUCUGUCUCAAACUCAAGUUGUUGGACUUGCUUACGAUGGGGAGGAUUUGGAACAAGAUUUUGCUGAUUCCACAGCGCGUAUCGAAGGUAAAAGUUGGGCUGGCCCCACCAACAAGCCAAAUUACCCUAAAGAUAAGCGGCGAGUUUCAAGCAAUAAUUCCACAGUAGAAAGGCGAAUACCUAGAUCCGAACUUGAGAGCACAGAAGUUAACACGCAGCUGAUAUCCCCUCAUCAGGUUAAGGAAAUUGACGAACUUGAGACACAAUUGCUCUUACCAGAUGUUGAUCUGCAUCCUACAAACCAAAGCAGCAAUAAUACCAUCCUAGAUGGCACCAUUACCCAAAUUUCUGGGUUCGGUGAAACGUGUCACGAUAAUGCGAUUCAAGCAACGUCCAAGGAUGUCAGUGAUACUUCAACUUUUGUUCCAAUUACAACCAAAACAAAAUACAGCAAUAGCAGCUUGUCUUUUAAUGCUAAUGAUCCGGAAGAAGAGUCAAAUACUAUAGCAAUGAGUCCAGCAGAUGCCACCGAACGUGACAGGACUAUUCGCAAGAGGUUUGACGCCCAAAGCUUCAUUGAAAGCUUUGACGAUGAAACGGAUGAGUUACAAAGUUGUGCGGCCUCGAAUGCCUCUGAAACUGAGGCGCCUGUAUUAAAGCAGCUUGAGGAUGGCGAAAAAAAUGCAAAUAACCUUAAAAAACCGACACAUUUUGAAUCAAACAGGGAAAACAAUCCGAACAAAGACUCGAGUUCCAUAAAAAUCUUCCCAACUAUGUUCGAAGAAAAUAAAGCGGACGCCUCUGCAAUUAUUUUAUCUAGUAGUUCCGAGGAGGAAGAAGACUAUGAAUCUAAGAAACCUUCUUUCAAGGCCGCAAUUUUAGACUUGAAAGCUCGCUUAUCAAAGAAAAGCCAAAGCUUGCUAAUCCCGCGCUCCAAAGUCACUUCCAACUUCUCAUCACACCAAAUUUUAUUCGCCUCUUUGCGAAAAGCCAACAAAAGUCAGAUUUUAGAUUAUAGAAAGGAGAAAUACCAGUCAAAAGGUAUCGACUACGAUAAAAUAACAGAGGAGAAAAAUUCUAUAGAAUCUCUCUUAGAAAGAGAGUUGGCAAGAAACAAAAAAAUAAGGCUGAGGGAGAUUGAACAGGAAAGGCAAAACGAAAGGAAGGAUUUUGGCGAACAAUCCAGCGCUUUUGAUUAUAGCAAUGACGAACUAGAAGAAGAACCUUCAGAUGAGGAAAUUGAUGAAAAUCAGUCGAGUAGCCCUGUAUCACUGCACUCGGGAAUAGUGUGUGCUGAUGACGCUGUUGAAUGCGCUGCAAAUCGAAUGCAGGAUUUGAAACAAACAAUCAAACCGAACGAAGAAGAAGAUGCUAUUCGAAAGUCCGGAUUACGGAAACACAAAAAGUUUUGCUUAAUAGAUACCGAUGAAGAAGACGGCUCGGUCUUAAACUCAGGAAACAUCAUAGAUUUAGGAGCAUAUGGAAGUAACAUUGGGAAUCUAAACCAAAUUGAGCAAGAACAAGUAGGGGAACACGUAGGGGCACAUAUAGAAAAUGACCUAACGACGACAGGCCGCAACAAGAAUUUAAUCAAACCCUCAAGUCGCUCUUCAUCUUUCCAAGUUGAAGAUAAUUCACACGAAGACAUGAACCCCGGCGUAAUCCGAGAGUUAAUCGAAAAACAUAAGAGAAAAGAGCUUCUCAGAGAGGCAAAACUCGAGAAGCUUCACCAAAGCAAGGCUAGCCGCAUUAUAGAUUAUGAAGCUGAAGAGUCUGAUGAUGAGUGGCAUGGCAUAGGCGGGGUUGACGGGGAGAGGUUCGACGACCAUGAUUCAGACCUAGAAAAAAUGAUUGAUGACUACUCCAAUUCGAGGUUUGAUUCAAGCGAAGUUCGUAAAAGACAGAUUGAGGAAGAAAUAUCCGAAGACAAGAGUAUGGUGAACAAAAUCUUGCACGAUAUCGAAACCGGAGGUUUCAGAAAAAGAGGCCGCAAUGCACUAGACCUCGAAUUGAGCGACGAUGACGAUGAAGAGCUCCUAAAAUAUCAUUCCAGAAGGAAAGAAUUACUGAGGCAAAAAGUCUCUGCGCAAGGAGAAGCUAAACUAUUAGCAGAAAAUCCAAAAUCCAAAGCGUUUUUCGAGACAAUAGUUGAAGAUAUAAGAUCUAAAGGCGCGCUAGAGGACGAGGGGCCCCCUCCUGUCAGAGGUUUUUCAUCCGUAAAUGCGCCUGAGGAGAAAAACAGUGAUAGUGACAAAAAGGGAAAGAAAACAGUAUUAUCCGAAGCAUUUGUACAACAAACACUUUCUUUUCUCACAUCUGGAGAAGUUGGAGAAGAAAAGGGUCCGGAAAACAAUUUAGGUUCGCUUCCAACUCAUGUGCCGAGUUUCAACACCGAAGAAACGCAGGACAUUUUUGCUUUAAAGCAAAAUAGCAGCAUCAAGAGCUUGUCAGCGCCCACACGCAACAGCUCUAACAUGCUCAUUGAUGAUCAAGAGGAUCUUCUGUCUCGAAAGCGGGCGUGCUCAUUUUUUGCUCGAUUUACAAAGCGCGUCGACGCAAACGAGAAGUUUGAAGAGGGUAAGAAGACCGUCAGGUCGCUGAAUUCUUACAAAGUCGCAGGCUCAUCAAAAGCUUCGAUUACAUACUUAGGCAAGGCAAGGAAGCUGAAUGCCCCAAAAAAGGUUGCACAUCAACAGUCUAGGAAGAGGGGCCAUAAGCCUGCGGCAGGCUUUGGGAUUUUUGCGAGCAAUUCUGAAAGUUUCGAGAGCUAG